CUUAGAGGCCGGUUUCUACCUGAUGUGCCUACCUACCAUGUCCUCUAGGGAGAACAGCUGGGAAUUCACUGUGCAGAGGGCUGCAGUUUGGUGCCUGGUGUUCCACAUCCCAACGGUUUGGUACUUCUAUGAGCUCCAGGAGACCAUAUGCACGCUGAAAGAGGAGAACCUCCACCUCCAACACCGGCUGGAGAACAUCUCAUGGGUCAUCAGGGACCUGAAACACCUCCUCCUGGACCACUUUAAAGGCUUUCCACGGCAAAAGUACGGCAUCGACAGUGGCAUCUUCAUGUUGAUGUAUGCCCUUUACAAAGUGAUGGAGGCACCCUCUGACUUCACUGUUACUGAUAUGCCGGCAUUGAGAAAAUGGUGGUGUAUCAUGCUGAUCGAAAACCUUGGAAGCCAUGGGAAACUCUUUGUCCACUGGACCGACGCAUCUAAGGCUCUUCUUCGGGGUGAGGUGCCACCAGUUUUCAAACUGAAGAAGAGGAGGCAAGAUGACAUUCAUGAGGGGCCAAUUGACAACAUCGUGGCUGGAGUUGCCUGUCUGGCGUCAGAAUGCAGGUUUGCUCAGGGGGAAAUGGAAGACAUGGAGGUCUUCCUUAACAUGGCAGCUGAGGAGGAUCUUCGAGUCAACGCCAUGUUCCUGGUUCGCUGGGUGGAAACUCAUUGCCAGUAUUACACAGAGUAG